GAGAAAUUUGGUCUCGAAAGUAUUCGCGAUUCUGUUAUCUUAUCUCUCAACGAAGAAUACCUUGCAGCUAACGGAACGCUUAACCUAUCCGAUCAGGACGAAAUUGCUGUUAUUCCCCCGCUCAGUGGAGGUUAAGAUGAAUGACUCAAAAGAUGUCAUUAAGCUGCAGACGGAACAGUUGAAUAUAGGAGACAUAAUUAAUCUGGUGGUUGCAGCAAAUUGUGGAGCAAUAUCCACUUUCAUUGGUACAACUCGGGACAAUUUUGAAGGAAAGAAGGUCGUUAAGUUGGAGUACGAGGCAUACCAGCCAAUGGCGUUGAAAGAAUUGGAGAAUGUAUGCUCAAAGAUUCGCUCUCAAUGGGAUGUUGAACGCAUAGCAAUUUACCACCGCCUAGGGGUCGUAUCUGUGACUGAGGCCAGCGUUGUCAUAGCUAUUUCUUCGUCUCACAGACAAGAGAGUCUUCAAGCUACGCAGUUUGCUAUUGACAUGCUGAAAAGUACUGUACCUAUUUGGAAGAAGGAAAUCUAUGAUAACCACAAGUCACAAUGGAAAGAAAACAAAGAAUGCUCUUGGUCCACCAGUCGAGAUGAAACUUUAUUAGCAUAUGCAAACGUUGCGAGUGCUAAUGAUUUGCUGUUACAAAACAAUCACAAAAUCUUCCCGAGUGGUACGAAUCAAGAUGAAAAUGAAGACAGAAUGACAGAGAAGAGAGAAUCAUUUGAUGUACCAGUUAAUUCAAAUCUUGUACAAAUCCGUGUUAGUACUGAUGAGCUGAAUCGUAGAAUAAAUGCAUUCAUUGCAAGAAAACGAGAGCAAAACAAUAUUGUCAAUGUACAAGAGUUCUGCAGUCACAGGGUAAAAGUUGACGAAGACAGGGCAAAUUCCUGCGCUCGAGUUGAUGCAAUCUUAAUUCGACGCAAAGAUUCCAAAAGCCAUGUUAAAGUACACAGGGUGCUCAAUCCUUGGGGACCACAGGUGGCUGACCUAUCAACCCUGCAAAAAACUACAAGAAAUCACUCAAACCAAAGUUCUCCUGCUACUUAUCUCCCUGCACUGAAGGAAAGAUUGGUGACAAGUGAGAAUCACAUUGGUGUUAAAGGACCUGUUCCAAAGGAUGUCUAUCAAAGACUGAAAAGGAUCGAGGAUAGAAUAUUAUAUUUAGAAAGUUUGUCACCAGAGUACAGACAAUUUUGGCAAGGGCAGGAGGAUAGAAGUUUCAAAAGCAGUUACCAACCUGUGAGAAAAAGGACAUUCUCGACAGCGGAAUUGGACACGAAACUUCAGGAGUUAGAGAGCAAAUAUACCAAGAAAGCUAAUUAAGCGUAAAUAUAAACUGAAAUAUUCUCAACUCAUUCUCAUAUUAUAGUUUACUUGACCUAUUGCUGUUUAAGUAUUUGGUUUGGUAAUGAGUAAGGCUGUGAAGGAUCAAAGUGCCCGCUCUUGUAGUAUAUAAAUGAUAUAGGUGAUCAUUGAGGAGGCAGAUUAAAAACAUCUAUAUUAAAGUGUGCGUGAUUUUGAAAUUAUUUUCGAGUUGUUUUGAUCUUUUGUAUAGAAAAUCCAAUAGUUAAAUAAGCACAGAAAUUAUGUUUCUUAACCUUAUUUACCUGCGUCUUCUUGAGAUUACUGUGUGAUGUUUGAAUAGCUGUUUAGCAAUUCAAUUUUCACUGCCACGUGUAAAAUGGUGGAAAAAGUCGUCACAUCUUUAGUUGAAUAAUACUCGGAAUAUUUUAGUGAAAUACGUUGUAUAUUAGAGUGUUUCAAAAAACCGACUAUUUUUUUUGUCGAAGAACAUUGAAAAAUCU